AUGCAGGUUGCCUUCGUGCAGAACGCCUUCCAUUUGAACUCGAAGGCCCUGCCAAGCCCUCCGCAGCGGCAGGCCGGACACGGGCGGCCACGAGCCCCGAGCACGGCAAGCGUGCUCGCGAGCGCGGCCGCAGUGGCGGCAUCUGUGCCGGGGAGCAGAAGGAGGACGGCCACAGCCCGCGCGGCGGAAGAGGAAGGCUACGGCCGGGAGGAUUUGGGCCCGGGGGGCACUGACCCCAGCGGCCGCUAUAGCUGGGAACGCUGCGGGCUGACGAUACUGGUCACCGCGCCGGUGGACGAGGAGGUAACCAAGAAAGAUAUCUCGGCAAGCUUCAGCUUGCGCCAGGUGAGCAUCUCCGUCAAGGGCGAGGCUCUCAUCGACGGCGUGCCCGGGUGCGAGCUGGACAGCGAGGAAUGCUUCUGGGAGAUCGAGGACGAGGGUGAUGGGAAGAAGCUGAUCAUCCACCUGGCCAAGAAGGGCCGCGCCUCUCGCUGGCCCGACACGCUGCUGAAGUGA